AUGGCAGUCGAGUAUAUCUCGUACAAGAACUACUUCAGCCUGCACAUCCAUGACCGGUACCCCGGGCGGGACCUCUUCAUCAAAUUCGACAUCAAUGCACUACCACUAUGCCUGCUUCCUCCUCUAUGCUUUGCAGCCGACACGAACUGCAGGCUGUACCCAGGACAUCUGCUUAUCGCAGGGCAGUAUCAGAUGCUUAAGUUGCCUGCAUACUCUGUUAUUCAAUACAACUCAGGCGACGAGCCACCCAUCCUGUGUGUACCCGACGAUGGGAACGUCUGGGUCAAUUACGACCUACUCCAUCCAAUCAAUGCUUAUCCCCACUACGAGUGGGCUUGCAAGACAAACAAGCCAUCCGAUUGGCUUACUCUCUGUCAGUACAUCAACUGCUACAAGACAGCUCCUAUGAACUAUCCAGUCCUAUGGACUCCCAUGCUUUCGGCCUGUGUCGUUUGUCCUGGUGCAAUAGCAGAACUCAUUCAUUUCGCCUUGGGCUAUCGCUUCUAUGUAGUGCUCACAGAACUGGUAUCGUCGGAUCCCCGCAUGACGCUGUUCCGUGCGUGUCUUCUGGGCACUAUGGAGUACAGUACACAUUAUGUUCAUCAGACAUGA